GCAGUACGAAGAUUUAAUAUUAAUUUAAUCGAAUCAAAAUGUGUAGUACUUCCAUUUGAGACUGAAUUUAUAUGCUAUCCCUUGAUUCACAGUGAAAUUCAGUGACUUUUUACAAUGCCGUACUCUAUAGUUCAUUUUGUUGAAACUGACGAGGUAGAAAUUAUCCCAAUCAAUUGGCUGUCAGCAAGUAAAAAUAAAUGUUGGUGGCCGCCGUACAAAUCUUCAGAACGCCAAUCGAAGGCCGUCAUGAAUGGGGACACGCCAAAUCAGCAAGUUUGGUUAUCGUUUGACGUAAAAGUUUUAGGCGGAGGCAAAAUAUUUGGUUCUUAUAAUCAAGCAAAAAAUAAUGUUGGAAAAGCAUUGGAAGAAACUGAUCCGGAAUUUGAGAGCGACUUGGAAGUAACUGGUCGAGGGCAACGACACAAGAAAACAUCUACCACCGCCCGGCGACUCCGAUAG